AUGUCUGAAAAACAAUUACAGCCACGGAUCAACAUUCCUAUCGAAAUAACCGAUCUACCUCUCUUCGAUGGAUCGGUCCAGAAUAUAAAAGAUACAUUUGUUUCUGAGAUGAAAAGGAUUGAUGAAGAAAUGACCAAGUUUAGGGUAUUUCUAUUAUGUAUAGCUUUUGCGUAUUCCAAUGUCUUGGGAUUAUAUGGUCAAACAGACACUACUUUAACAACAUCGAAGGAUACAGGAAAACCACCCACUUGGGAUUCUCUUGUUACUUCUUCUCUGAUAGAAGGAGAGGGAGAGAAUAGAGUGAUUAAACUUCAGUUCGAUUUGAGUGAAUUUGAUCCAACUGAGGUGAACGUGAACGUCACAAACAACCUUCUCCAAGUGACAGCGACGCACGAAUUCAAAACUGACACCAGCAGCACCAUUAAAGAGUAUAGAAGAGAGUUCCACCUGCCUCGCGGAGUUAACACUGAGCGAAUAGUGUCUUCUCUUACCAAGGAAGGUGUGUUGCUGGUACAGGCUCCCUUGCCACCAUUGGAAUCUUUGGCUAUUAAAUAA